AUGAACGGUGUAUUAGGCGCCUUACCGAACAGCCAUAGGAAAAUAGAACCGGAAAUUAUGCGACGAAUGAUGGCUGAUAUCCACAUUGAUAGUAUUAUAAAUUCUGGAGAAAAUGUAAAGGGACUAGAACUUCUCAAUAAUCGAGCUUUUGUUGGAUCCUUGGCAGAGGCUGACGAAUUUUCAGCCGAUGAAAUGGAACGAUUUUGGUUGAAUUCGCGGAAUAUUCAACAAUCAAUAGUCACUGGAAGCGAGUCAUUUCCAGGUGAAAUGUUGGGUCCCGCCUCUGAAAAUAUAGUGAUAUCAAAUUCAAUGCUUGAUUUACUAAUCGAAUACUAUUUGGCGACUUAUGAAACACUUGAGUUUCGAAAGCCAUUCAGAGAAGGCCACGAGAAUUCAAGGAUCAUUUCCGUCAAAAUGAAACAGUUCGGUAGAUGUAGAAUCGAUUCAGAGACAUUAGGGUCAAAUAUGUCAGCUCGACACGUUGACUUACCGGAUGGAGAAUUGGAACAUAAUUUGGCAUUCAUUCGAUGGUAUCAACCAGCGAAUUCUCGUUAUUAUUUCAGUAUUGAAGACGAUGAAAUUUGCAAUGUCGAACUUUGGGGUACUAAAUUUUACCCUGAAGGUCAAGAUUGCAUAAUUCCAGUGCAUAAUAUUCUCAGUAGAUUUGUGCCAAUAAAAUAUAAAAUUUCGGAUAGGAAAAAUGCGAGAGAAUAUUUGGCCGUAAAUCCUAUUAAUAGAAAAUUUAACAUUCGUUAA